AUGGCUGAACGCUGUCGACGCUUCUUGUUUUAUGUCGCUCUCGUCCACAUCGCUUCCGCUGCCGUUUCCCCGCCUCUCCAGUGGAUCAAUCUAUCCAAACUUCUUUCCGGCUCUGCCCCUCCCGCUCUCAAAGAUGCAUCCAUUGGCUAUGACGAUACGACGAGGACGCUGAUCGUUUUCGGUGGCGAGUCCGCCGGAGGCUUCCCUCAGGAUUCGACUUACCUUUUAAACCUCGACUCGCUCACAUGGGCCUUCCCAUCACCUCCGAACGGCCUCUCUCAAAAGCCCGCUGCUCGAAGCCAGGCAGUAAGCGGGGACGAUUUCGCGGCGAGUUAUCGCAAUGCCCACGUAGUCAUCGGCGGGCUCGGAACGGAUGGGAAGGCACUGUCCGAUGCCUGGGUAUUCGAUUACAAUAAUGAGUUCUGGGGUUUGGUGCAGCUCUCAGGCAGUGGCCCAACUGUGUAUGAUGCAGCCGGCGGCAGGGACCUGCGCGUCGCAUUCAAUCCUUCGACUACCAGCAACACUUUCUAUCUCAGUGGCGGAAAGCAAAGCACUUCCAGCGCUCCCACUUCUAUGUCCGACACCUACUCUCUCGAAAUAUCCGGGACACUGUCCCCCAAUCUACCAAACAGUACCACGGGUGCCUGGACGAAGCAAGAGAUCGGUAAACUCAAGUCUCUGUCGGGUAUUGGCAGCACCGUCAUUGGGCAGAAGAUCAUUUCCUAUGGUGGAUGCGAAUCGAGCGCAUCCCCCGAUGCAUCCUGUGCCACCCAAGAUGCCUACGUUCUCGACACAUCGAGCGGGGGCUCCAUUUCCCCCUCAGGUUGCGCCGCGCCGCGCUUAAACCCUGCGAUUGUGGCCAACAUGAAUAGCGCUAGUUCCAAUUUCGACACUCAAGCGUUGGUCAUGCUGGGAACGUUCAACACGUCGUUGUGGGAAGACGGAAAUGGCUUGGAGAAAGGUGGCGAAGUUGAUAUACUCGACAUUGGUGGCGGUACUUGGACUCGAGUGCUACCAUCCGGUGAUCCGAGUAGCAGUCCUAACUACCCGACACCGCGCCAGGGUGCGGCUGCCCUAUCCUUUACGAGUGGACUCGUUGGCAGCUCCCGUUCCUCGUACUCCGAUGUCAUAGUAUUUGGAGGCCAGGAUGCGUCAGGGAACUAUCUCGACGAUGUAUGGAUACUCCGCACUUAUAGUGCAUCCAUCACAUCUUCUGGGCAACAUUGGUCUGGGUUUGGCAGCGGCGACCUUCAAUCCGGUACAUCUGCCAACGGUCAAGGCGUCACCGUCAACUUCAAUUCCACUUGCGCUUCGCGCUUAUCCACGGCUUCUAGCCCAAGUAGUUCCGCUUCGUCGACUACGGCGAGCGCGUCAGCCUCGGGUACUCCCAGUGCAUCACACACUUCGAGUCCAUCGAGUUCGCCUGUAUCGGACGUUGCCUACUUCCCGUACGACACGGCCAUCUCUCACAAAGUCAUUGGUCCCAUAUCACUCGUCCUGGCCCUUCCUGCGGUUAUCCUCUACCGACUUUCACUUGCGCCCUCCACCGGCGUUCCGAUAGUGGGUUACGGCUCAUCAAGUUUACGCGUGGUUGCCUUCGCACUGGGCGCUGCCGCUUAUGGUAUCGGUGUUGCCGGCUUUGUCCUGGCCUUCACCUCCAUUGUCGCCGUACCUCGCCCUUCGAUUUCGGUUAAACGUGCAGAGUCUUCACCCACUCUUUUGAAGACAGCACAUGGUAUCGCCGGCCUUGUCCUCUUCCUGCUUGCAUACGGCGUCUUGCCCGUCCUGUUCCUCUUCUCUAUCUUGCGCUCGCGUAUCGGCGCAGAAGAGCCGAUCCAGACAAGCGACGAUAAGGCGGGCGUCCAAGCAGAGACAGCCUCGGUGGGCACUGCCGAGAAGCUUAUGGGUGUCCGGAGUCCCUCUGCCAAUGGCAUGAGCACCAGUGGCACCCGCUCAGCUGUUACAACCCCGGGCCUCGAGUUUCCACCCCGUCGGCUCACGCCACAGAAAUGGCCGGUACUUCACCGACCGACGCUCAGGACUCGGCGCCACUCGACUAGUAGUGCCGCGACAGAGCCUGAUCCAGAACCAGGAUCCUCUGGCACAUUUGAGGUCGUCAACCGCGGACAUAGAAAGCGCCAUCUCAGCGCGACCAACACGCUCGCGAUGUCGGAGUCAUCGCACCGUAUGGGACGCGGGCAUACCACACGUCGCAGCCUCAGCGAUGUUAGCUGGCUGGAGCGGCGUCGCAGUGUCGCUGCCGUUAGUGACCUCGAUUAUGCCCUCUCACAGCUCAAUCACAGUCAGCGAAGAACACCGACACCCGGAGCGGGCGCCAGUAUGCAGGCUCUCAAUGGCAACCCUGCUACUCCGAUCUUGCAAGCGCCGUCCAUGCCUCCCACAACAGAGAUACUUUUACAUAGUGCUCUGCACGCGUCAUUGCUCGCACUCACUGUCUUCUCCUUGGUCGCCUUGUGGCAACGUGGGCCGAUAGUGGCGUUUGCGGUCUUUCUGGCACUUACCGUCAUAAUUUAUGGCGUGUUCAUCGCUUUGGCCUGGUACGGCCGACCAGCCAACUCAACACUCACGGUGUUCUUCGCUCGCGUGCGUGGGGAUGGUGGAUACACACCUGCGCCCGCCACACCGAUGCCAGGAGAGUCGCGUCCGCUCUCGCCCGCAGCGCCAGGAUCGAGCACUGGACCAUAUCUGAAUUCUCCCCCGUUCAGGAGUGCUGCUUUGCAAGAGGAAGACGGUUAUGUCGCGUCUCGACACGGCCACCUCACUUCCGAAGCCGAAGGUGAUGAGGAUGCCGAUACCGACGAGAAUGAGGAUACGCGUCAGCGCCGUAUCGAGGAGGAAAUGGCGCGGCGCGAGGUUUCUAUCGUUACCGUACCGAAGCGCAAAUUAUGGGUUGUGAACCCGUCCUGA